GUUGAGAAUCUGUCCUGGGGCACUGCAGAAGUCUACCAAAUGCACAUCCAUAGCGACGUUGAUCAAGUUGGAUUCCUGAAACUGGAAAACUUGAGAAUUUGGACCCAAUUCAUCUGCUCUGGCAUUUACCUUAUUAAGUUUUAGUGUAACCAGAUCCGCGGACAGAUCCACCCCGUUGCCCGAGAAGCAAGACCUGAGAAAAUUCAAAAUCCGACGGGACACAAAUGGGGGAUCCUACAAUUAUAUAACCUGGUGUUCCUGUCCAAAAUAUGCUCCAAGCAUCUACUUUCUCUCCCGCAUGCCCAAAAAACCUUCAUCAGUUCGGAUGGAAUCCUUAACGCCCUUGCGGCGGAACCAGGCGAAAAUGAAGUGCGAUGCAAGACGCCCCGUUUGUACCCCUUGUACGAAAGCAUACGCCCAUUCGAUCGCUGCACUUGCGGUUCAAGGACAACCCUUCCAAGUGCCAUGCUCAUAUGACCAUGACAGCCAGGACGACCUAGGCCCUUCAAGGUCAAAAUCGGUAGAACCCCCCAUGGUUGGCUCUGUGAGGCAAAGCCCCCCCGUACGGCCGUCCACUUCAAACCCCUCAGAUCAUUUCACACUUCGAAGUUCUGCUUGGGAAACAUCUUCUCAAGACAGUGCCAGGAGUGGGGUACCGUACAUGGACAACAAUGCUUCGACGAGUAGCCUAGAUUUACACCCCCUACGGCCGAUGGGGAGUCCCGGCCCGACAUACCAUGAUCAUUCGUUCGAUGAAUUCCUAGGUUUCCUGCCGUCUACAUCCUCACUGGCCCCUCAACCAAGUCCAAGCCUUGUGCCUCAUUUCGGUUCACCGAGCGCAAGUCGCACGGAAAGCCCCGAACCCUUGUCUUAUUUCACUGCACCCAACCAGGGCUCUGAGAGUCGCCGACUGGGUGCACCGCGCCGUUCAUCACACAAGUGUGAACUCCCGUCUACCGUUGGCUUGCUACAGCUUGUCCACAUAUUUUUUGACCGAGUCCCCUUCGCCACCAUACUGCUACAUCGCUCUCGCUUUAUUGCUUCCGUUUUGGACGGUCCGCUCCUGCCAACGUACCCCUGCUUAUCACUGCUACAUGCGAUAUGUGCCAUUGCAGCCGUAUAUUCUCGUCUCGACCCUCACCUGCAGUUGGAUCGAGCACUGGAAAAUCAUCUUCAUUUUGCCUGGAUGCACGCGGGGGUCGCCAGGCACCAUGCAGACCACGAUGCUCGCACUGGAUCCGGGUCUCUGGAUGCUGCAAGAGCGUAUGUGGUUUUAGGUUGGUACCAUUGGUGGAUGGUGACUGGCGCCGCUGCCAGAUUAGCCGUUCCGCUCGGCCUGAAUGUGUCAGCAUUCAUCAGCAUGCAUAAUCCUCUCGACUUUGAUCCUAUCAUUCCUCCGUCCCAAAUCCCCCAAGACCAGGAACGAAACCGAGUACUGUUCUGGCUUGCUUUCAUCAACGAGAAACAUCAACAGAUGAGUACCCAAUGGGCUAGUUGCCUUGAUGAAGCCGACAUUGGUCAGGAGCUUCCAGUACCAUUGCAGUACCUAGACUUAGGGGACAUCCCACGGGGAUACCGCCAGAGACUGUUCGAUUCGGACUUGUUUACAAAUCAUCCUCGCAACUUGACGGAUCCAUUCAUCCUGCAUUUAAAAGCAAUGAUACUGACGUCACGCGUUGGGGCAUUCAAUACCCGCGCACGAAUCCGUCGACACUCAGACAGGAACAACUUGGCAAUGUCGGGGUCCGAUUCGGGUGUCGUCGAAUCAAAGAUUUUUCAAAGCCUUGAUUCAUCUAUCUCUGCUUUUGUGGGAAGCAUUCCCGGGGAAUUUCGUGAUGCCUAUUGCUCGACAACAUUCACUUGUACUCACGGUUUGGAGAAGUGUCCGACUUGUGGCGAUCGGAACUUGAGAUCACCUGUGACGACUAACCUGGGACACCUGUUUGAGCUGAAUAUUCUUCCGCAUGUUGCAACCAUAAUGCUUCAUGAGCCUCGAAUGGACAUGGGAGCUUCCCACGAUGACUCCCGGGAAAAAGUCCUUCAUUCAGCUCGUUUAAUACUAGAUUCGAUCUAUAAUUUGAUGAGGAAUUCAUUGGACAUGUCUGCGCUCCCUGGGUACUCGUUGUCUCAUUGGAUGUCGACCGGAAGAGUCUUGGGCCGUUUCUACGUGCGCACGUUGGAGCUUGGUUAUGGCGAGGAGGCGGUGGUCAUAAGGACGGAGAUUGAAGUGCUUAGCCAGCUAAUGGGUCGCAUAGGGGAGCGCAUUCCCGUUGCAGCUCAUUCACAGAAAGCGCUCGAUGACAUUAUUCCCAAGGCCCACGCAUUUGUCAACGACCGCAGAAAUGGGACGGCGGUUCGUCUUGAACGACAUCUAUUCGGGAAAUAUGGACUUUUCUAGGACCAGCAUUUCCUGUCCAUUCACCAGCAUAUUCAUAUCAGUAUGCCGGACUCUGAAUUGGCCAUUGACUGAGCAUUUACAUUAGCCGAGGUAUAUGGAUAUACAGUUAAUUGCGCCAGUGUGGCAACUAAUCAUGUACAAGAGUCCUAGUAAGGUAUCGACCGGCAUUUAAUAUUAGUGAUUGCGAUCAAUUUUCGAUAGCGUACUAUAAUCAUACCUUGGUAUUUCAUUGAUUUGUCCUCGCAGUAUUCUACACGCGUCAGGAUGUCUAGAUCUGACAUAGAAUCAUGUAUCUCAUCCCCUAAUGGAAAUCAG